CUUUAAAAUUGACUGGGGUCAUUUGGACUGUUUGCUUUUGGAGUGCCUUAUCUACUACGUCUUUUCUAACCCCAACUUUCCAAGUCUAAAGCCUUUCUGUUUACAAGUUUCUUCACGUGAUCUGGCCUUACCCCGUAAGCCAAUAUGUCCAAGAAGGCCCCAAGUGAGGAUGAGAAGUUCCUCUUUGUUGACAAAGACACCUUCAACAGCCCGAUGGCUCAGGCUGACUGGGCAGCCAAGAAGCUGGUGUGGGUCCCAACCGAGAAGAGUGGCUUUGAGGCAGCUAGUAUCAAGGAGGAGCACGGGGACGAGGUGCUGGUGGAGCUGGCUGAUAAUGGCAAGAAAAUGAAAGUCAACAAGGAUGACAUCCAGAAGAUGAACCCACCCAAGUUCAGCAAAGUGGAGGAUAUGGCUGAGCUUACCUGCCUAAACGAGGCCUCUGUGUUGCAUAAUCUCCGCGAGAGGUACUACUCUGGGCUGAUUUACACAUACUCCGGCCUGUUCUGUGUGGUGGUGAACCCCUAUAAAUUUCUGCCCAUCUACUCAGGGAAGAUCAUUGAUAUGUACAAAGGAAAGAAGCGACAUGAAGUCCCCCCUCAUAUCUACUCAAUAACUGAUAAUGCCUACAGAAACAUGAUGCAAGAUCGUGAGGACCAGUCCAUUCUUUGCACUGGAGAGUCUGGUGCCGGAAAAACGGAGAACACAAAGAAAGUCAUCCAGUAUCUGGCUGUUGUGGCCUCUUCUCACAAAGGCAAGAAGGACAGCAGUGCUCAACAAUCAGGAGCACAGUUGGCCUACGGGGAGCUGGAGAAGCAGCUUCUGCAGGCCAAUCCCAUCAUGGAGGCAUUUGGAAAUGCCAAGACCAUCAAAAAUGACAACUCUUCUCGAUUUGGAAAAUUCAUCCGCAUCAACUUUGAUGUGACUGGCUAUAUUGUUGGAGCAAAUAUUGAAACUUACCUGCUGGAGAAGUCUCGCUGUAUCAGACAGGCAAAGACAGAGAGAGCUUUUCACAUAUUCUACUACAUGAUUGCUGGUGUUAAAGAAAAACUCCGUGAGGAGCUUCUUCUGGAACCGUUCAGCAACUACCGCUUCCUGAGUGCAGGCCAUGUUCAGAUCCCUGCCCAGCAGGAUGACGAGAUGUUUGAGGAGACCAUGGAGGCCAUGGAAAUCAUGGGCAUCGCCGCGGAAGACAGAAUUGAGAUAUUGAAGGUGUGCUCCACAGUCAUGCAACUGGGAAACAUUGAGUUCAAAAAGGAGAGGAACCAGGAGCAGGCCACCAUGCCAGACAACACCGCGGCCCAGAAGGUGUGCCACCUGCAGGGCAUCAACGUGACAGACUUUACCCGAGCCAUCCUCACCCCUCGUAUCAAAGUGGGCAGGGAAGUGGUGCAGAAAGCGCAGACCAAAGAGCAGGCUGAUUUUGCGAUUGAAGCGCUGGCUAAAGCUAUUUUUGAGCGACUGUUCCGCUGGCUCCUAGGAAGAGUAAACAAAGCCCUGGACAAAACCAAACGUCAGGGAGCCUCCUUCCUGGGAAUUCUUGAUAUUGCCGGCUUUGAGAUCUUUGAGGAUAACUCCUUUGAACAGCUCUGCAUCAACUACACCAACGAGAGGCUACAGCAGCUCUUCAACCACACCAUGUUCAUCCUGGAGCAGGAGGAAUACCAGAGGGAGGGCAUCGAGUGGAACUUCAUUGACUUCGGUCUGGACCUGCAGCCUUGCAUUGAACUCAUCGAGAGGCCAAACAACCCUCCAGGCAUCCUGGCUCUGCUGGAUGAAGAGUGCUGGUUCCCUAAAGCCACAGACGUCUCUUUUGUGGAGAAACUCAUGAACACACAAGGAAACCAUGUGAAAUUUGCCAAACCUAAGCAACUCAAAGACAAAACUGAGUUCUCCAUCCUCCAUUAUGCUGGCAAAGUGGACUAUAAUGCCACAGCCUGGCUGACAAAGAACAUGGACCCUCUUAAUGACAACGUCACAACGCUGCUCAACAAUUCUUCCAGCCAGUUUGUGCAAGAUCUAUGGAAAGAUGCGGACAGAGUGGUAGGACUUGACACUAUUGCCAAGAUGUCAGAUAGCUCCAUGCCGAGCGGCUCAAAAACCAAGAAGGGAAUGUUCCGCACUGUCGGACAGCUCUACAAGGAGUCUCUGGCAAAACUCAUGACCACACUGCACAACACCCAGCCCAACUUCGUAAGAUGCAUCAUCCCAAACCACGAGAAAAGGGCAGGGAAGCUGGAUGCUUAUCUGGUCCUAGAGCAGCUGAGGUGUAACGGCGUGUUGGAGGGAAUCCGAAUCUGUCGACAAGGUUUCCCCAACCGAAUCGUCUUCCAGGAGUUCCGCCAACGUUACGAGAUCUUGGCUGCAAAUGCUAUUCCCAAAGGCUUCAUGGAUGGCAAGCAAGCCUGCUGCCUCAUGAUCAAGCAUCUAGACUUGGACCCCAACCUAUACAGGAUUGGACAGAGUAAAAUCUUCUUCCGCACUGGAGUGCUUGCCCAGCUGGAGGAGGAGAGGGAUCUGAAGAUCACAGUGAUCAUCAUUGCUUUCCAGGCUCAAACAAGAGGCUUCCUGGCUAGAAAGGCCUUUGCCAAGAGGCAGCAGCAGCUAACAGCCAUGAAAGUGAUUCAGAGGAACUGUGCUGCGUACCUCAAACUCAGGAACUGGCAGUGGUGGAGGCUCUUCACAAAGGUUAAGCCUCUGCUGCAAGUGACCCGGCAAGAGGAGGAGAUGAGUCUAAAGGAAGAUGAGCUACAGAAAGCCAAAGACGUGGCUACAAAGGUUGAGUCAGAGCUGAAAGAAAUCUCUUUGAAACACACGCAGAUUGUAGAAGAGAGAAAUGCAUUGCAAGAGCAGCUUCAGGCAGAGACAGAGUUAUAUGCCGAAGCCGAAGAGAUGAGGGUCCGUCUGGGAGCCAAGAAGCAGGAGUUGGAGGAGAUCCUCCAUGAGAUGGAAGCGAGGCUGGAUGAAGAGGAAGAACGUGCUCAGGGGCUGCUGCUGGACAAAAAGAAGAUGCAACAGCAGAUGCAGGAACUGGAGGAACAUUUAGAAGAAGAGGAGGAUGCCCGUCAAAAGCUUCAGCUUGAGAAGGUCGCUUCAGAAGGAAAGAUUAAAAAGCUGGACGAUGACAUUCUGGUGAUGGAGGACCAAAACAACAAGCUACUGAAGGAGCGCAAGCUGAUGGAGGAAAGAAUUGCUGAUUUCAGUUCCAGCCUGGCAGAAGAAGAGGAGAAAUCUAAGAAUCUUACAAAGCUUAAAAAUAAACAUGAGUCCAUGAUCUCUGACUUGGAGGUCCGCUUGAAGAAAGAAGAAAAAUCUCGCCAGGAGCUGGAUAAAGCUAAGCGCAAGUUAGAAGCAGAGUCAAAUGACCUCCAAGAGCAGAUAGCUGAUCUGCAGGCCCAAAUUGCUGACCUCAAGGCUCAACUUGCCAAGAAGGAAGAGGAGUUACAAAAUGCCUUGGCCAGGCUAGAAGAUGAGACUGCCCAGAAAAACAAUGCACAGAAGAAGAUCAGGGAGCUGGAAGGACACAUCUCUGACCUGCAAGAGGACGUGGACUCUGAACGAGCAGCUAGGAACAAGGCAGAGAAGAUUAAAAGGGAUCUAGGAGAGGAGCUGGAGGCCCUCAAGUCUGAGCUUGAGGAUACCCUUGACACCACUGCUACACAGCAGGAGUUACGAGCCAAACGUGAGCAGGAGGUGACACUGCUCAAAAGAGCCAUCGAAGAUGAGAACCGCACUCAUGAGGCUCAGAUACAGGAGAUGAGACAGAAACACACUCAGGGUGUGGAGGAGCUCACUGAGCAGCUGGAGCAGUCCAAACGAGUGAAGACAAACCUUGAGAAGGCGAAACAAGCUCUUGAGAAGGAAGCCUCUGAUUUGUCCAUUGAGGUUCGCUCCCUGGCUCAGGCCAAACAAGAGGGAGAGCACAAGAGGAAAAAGUUGGAGACUCAGGUGGCAGACUUGCAGUCACGCUUCAGCGACAGCGAGAAGCAAAAAGCUGAGCUGGGGGAGCGCUGCUCCAAGAUGACGGUUGAACUGGAGAGUGUGACAAACCUACUGAAUGAGGCAGAGGGCAAGAACAUAAAGCUGAACAAAGACGUUUCCAGCUUGACCUCUCAACUGCAAGACUCACAGGAGCUGCUGGCUGAGGAGACCCGUCAGAAACUGCAGUUCUCAACGAAGUUGCGACAAGCAGAAGAUGACAAGAACAGCUUGCAGGAGCAGCUUGAGGAGGAGAUGGAGGCCAGAAGGAAUGUGGAGAGACAUGUGUCCACCCUCAACAUCCAGUUAUCAGAUGCAAAGAAGAAGCUUGAUGAAAUGUCAGGAAACAUUGAGCUCUUGGAAGAGGGCAAGAAACGUCUGCAAAGAGAUUUGGAGACAGCCACCACUCAGUUCGACGAAAAAGCUUCAGCAUACGACAAAUUGGAGAAGACCAAAAACCGUCUGCAGCAGGAGCUGGAGGACACAUUAAUGGACCUGGACAACCAGCGACAGAUUGUAUCAAACCUGGAGAAGAAACAGAAGAAGUUUGACCAGAUGCUGGCCGAGGAGAAGAGUAUCUCCAUUAAAUAUGCAGAGGAGAGAGACCGUGCAGAAGCUGAGGCCAGAGAGAAGGAGACCAAGGCUCUGUCCCUGGCGAGAGCCCUCGACGAAGCUCAAGAUGCCAGAGAAGAGCUGGAGAGAACUAGCAAGGCCCUGAGGCUGGAGAUGGAGGACCUGGUCAGCUCCAAAGAUGAUGUGGGAAAAAAUGUACACGAGCUGGAAAAGUCCAAACGAGGCCUGGAGGCCCAGGUAGAAGAGAUGAAGACGCAGCUGGAGGAGCUGGAGGAUGAGCUGCAGGCUGCAGAGGAUGCAAAGUUGCGCCUGGAGGUUAACAUGCAGGCUCUGAAAGCCCAGUAUGAAAGAGACCUCCAAGGACGGGAUGAGAUGGGAGAGGAGAAGAAGAGGCAGCUUGUCAAGCAGGUCCGUGAGUUGGAGACAGAGUUGGAAGACGAACGAAAACAGAGGACCCUGGCAGCAGCAGCCAAGAAGAAGUUGGAGACAGACAUGAAAGAUCUGGAAGGACAGACUGAGACAGCCACCAAGGGCCGGGAUGAAGCCAUCAAGCAGCUUCGCAAACUCCAGGCCCAGAUGAAGGACUACCAGAGGGAGCUUGAGGACGCCCGUGCUGCACGGGAGGAGGUCCUGACGACUGCCAAGGAGAGCGAAAGAAAGGCCAAGAGUCUGGAAGCUGAGCUCAUCCAGUUGCAGGAGGAACUGGCUGCAGCUGAAAGAGCAAGAAAGCAGGCAGAAGCUGAGAGAGAUGAACUUUCCGAUGAGCUGGCGAGCAACUCUUCUGGGAAGUCAGCCUUGGCAGAUGAGAAACGUCGGCUUGAAGCUAAGAUUUCCCAGCUAGAGGAGGAGCUGGAGGAGGAGCAGAGCAACAUGGAGAUCCUCAAUGACAGGCUGAGGAAGAGCGCACAGCAGGUGGAUCAGCUAAACAAUGAGCUUCAGUCAGAGCGCAGCACCUCCCAGAAGAACGAAAGUGCUCGGCAACAGAUGGAGCGCCAGAACAAAGAGCUGAAGGCCAAGCUUCAGGAGAUGGAGAACCAGGUCAAGUCAAAGUUUAAAUCUUCCAUCACUGCUUUGGAGGCUAAAGUGGCACAGCUGGAGGAGCAGCUGGAGCAGGAGAACAGAGAUAAGCAGGUUUCUGCAAAGAGUUUGCGACAGAAGGACAAGAAGCUCAAAGACCUGAUUAUGCAGGUGGAGGAUGAAAGAAAACAGGCAGAGCAAUACAAAGACCAGGCGGACAAGUCAAACUCCCGCGUGAAGCAGCUGAAGCGGCAGCUGGAAGAAUCGGAGGAGGAAUCUCAGCGAGCAACAGCCGCCCGCAGGAAGCUGCAGCGGGAGCUGGAUGAGGCUACAGAGUCCAAUGAGGCCAUGGGUCGCGAGGUCAAUUCCCUCAAGAGUAAACUUAGGCGUGGAAAUGAACCCUCUUUUGGCAGCACCACACGGCGUAUGGGUGGAGGGCGAAGGGUGGUUGAUGAUGCCUCAGAGGAGGAAACUGACCCCCAAAACGACUUCAACGGAACAAAGACCUCAGAGUAAAUGAUGGAAGAAAAAAAAAAAAAAACUGAUCAGAAUUACUGUUCAGGGCAACAUGAUCAUUAUCUGCAAAAGUCUGCUUUGAUGUUUUCCACAUAACUUCAAAUUAUAUAUUUCUUCUCAUUUUCCAGCAGCAUACUGAUCUUGUUUUGAAGCAUGUUCUUGAUACAAAGCAAUCAGGAGGACUUGAUCUCUACUAGACAAGUCAUUCUGGUGGCUCUGGUUGCUUUAGUUUUAACGUCACUGUUUUGCAUUGCACUGAAUGAUUCUUUCUAAAGAAAUGUCAUGUACACAGAAAUACAUGCCAAAUUACCACCAACCUUAAACUUCACAUAGAGACAAGUAAAUUGACGGGUGCACAAGUACUAUCAGCGACUGUCGUCCUGCUGCCUGUGACUGCUGUUACCACUUCUGAGCAGGACUGAAGUGGGUCCAGAUUGGACGUAUAGCCAUCUUUAAAUGGUGUCUGCUUUCAAUCAGUGCUGACAUAUUAUAUAUCCUAAGAAACAGUUAGCCCUAAAAACUUAUGCCAUUAUCACAGUAUUUGCACCUUUUCCUGUGGCUUGAUUUAUAUAGAUACCUCCUAGUCCAGACAUUACUGUCAAUGAGAUGAGAAAAGCUUUAGUCACUUCAUCCAAAAUAUAAACCAGAUGUCAAUGUUGGGCACUCUUUAUUUUAUCUUUUUUUUUUUUUUUUAAAUCUGUGUUGUUCAGACAUUCUGUACAUGUUUUAAAAGCUGAUCACCCUAAAUAAACUCAGUCUCAUUUGAUAAAGUCGUAUAUAAUGAAUGUUUACAUGACACUCUGUAGCUAUUGAUUUUUGAACCACCAGCACAAUAAAGAUCUUAAAAAAUA